GUCAGUGAUUCAGUCUCAGGCCUAGGGUUAUGAGAGGAUAACAACUUAAUUAUUGCAGUCUCUUAAUUUUAUUUAACUAUAAAACAUACCUGCAUUAAAAUACAAAUGUUUUAAGGAAAUACUUCAUUUUUGCCCACCUUAGCCUACUCACGUGGCUUUAUUAGGCGUUGCUGGCGUUGAACGGGACGCUCGCGGAAGUGUGUGAAUGUUUAUCGGGCGUCACGGCACCCGUGUGGCACAUCCUGAUCCUACACUGAUUUAAAUGUCGUCAAACUGUUACUCCGGUGCUAUCUUCAUCUGGCCCUUAUUUGUCCUGUAAGCUGAGAGUUCACUCCUCCUUGGCCAUGUGUUACCUGACAGGAGUUUGGUUUCACUGAGUGUUGUGGUGAAUGGGUAAACCCCUACAGUUUUGCAUUCCAGUCAUAGUUCUGAAUGUGUGUUUGUCAGUUUUCACUUGGAACAUGAGCUUCAGCAUGUCUGUUCCUGCCAGUGAUGAUGGUGGUGUGUCUCGCCAUCUGAUUGCAUGUGCCGAUAUAAUAUGCAAAUAUGGUAGAUGUGUGCUGGUGGACGGGAAGCCCACCUGUGAGUGUAAGCUGGGCUACAUUGGAGACAACUGUAACGAAACAAUCAAUGACGCUCUGUCUGUGCCGCUCACCCUCGGCGUCCUGGCUUUCAUCAUUGGCUUUAUCAUCCUGCUCUUUGGGAUAGCUUUUUUCCAGCAAAGGCAAAAGGCGAAGAAGAGAAAAAAGGCAGCUGAAGAAGCCCUGUUAAGAAAUGGAGCACAUCUUUAACAUGUUUUAAUGCAGCGUGCCAUAAAAUAGUACCAUCAACACAUGAACAUAAACUUUCCACCAUGACACUUAAAUGUGCAUGAAUAGCCUAGAUAUAUUCAUCUCAUGUUAUACUGGUGUGCAUAUGUAGGUAUUGAAGUAGCACUGAAUGCACUCAGCAUUAACUGAAAACUUUUGUAUAUGAAAUACGUGAAGUCCGCAGCACAUUUGAAUGAUUCUAGAGCAUGACUUGGGUUGGCGUACCUGCAGGGGAGAUGCAUGCAAACCACGUUAAACAUGCAUUAACUGGUUCCUGAAACAUGCCAGGUAUUUCAAGUGCUGUUUUUCCGCUGUUAUAUUUAGUUCAGUCCUGACUGGUGAGUUUGAAUAACUGAAAGCUGACUAGUUUCAUGGACUGAUAAGCCACAGACAAGUAUCUUUUUCAAGCAUUUAUGGAAAACAGUCACGCCAUUUUUUUAUAUGGGUUUUGGUUGUGUUUACUUUUACUUUUGGAGUUUCACAACAACUCUGCAUUCAACCUUUUUUUAUUUAGUUUAGUAGAGGCCUCAUUCAACUGUCU